ACGGAAGCUCAGCUUUCCCGCAUAAAUAGUCUCCUCACGGCGCUCGGCUGCCUUAGCAGUGCUUUUUGACGCCGCUCGCUUCAGUCUCCUCCCUACGGCGGCGUGCACGCGGAGGGUUACAUUCUUUCUCUGCUGCUGUUUGGUCGUAUCCGUGCGCGAGGCGGUGCAAGAAAGGAAGAGAGCAGGAGGGUGCGAGCGCCAUUUUAGGUUGUUCCGCUCGCCGCAGUUGAUAAGUGGGUAGAGGAAUUUGCUUCUGCCAUUUUUCCGCCCCCUCGCUCGGAGCUCGUUCCUUUUAAAGCCGGCAAGAUGGAUUUGUCAGGGGGUGGCGUGAUUAGGGGGCCGGCGGGUAACAACGAUUGUCGAAUAUAUGUAGGGAACCUGCCUCCAGACAUCCGCACCAAGGACAUAGAGGACGUGUUUUACAAGUAUGGUGCCAUCCGAGACAUUGACCUAAAGAACCGUCGUGGAGGCCCGCCUUUUGCUUUCGUGGAGUUUGAAGACCCCAGGGAUGCUGAAGAUGCUGUGUAUGGCAGAGAUGGCUAUGAUUAUGAUGGCUAUCGUCUACGUGUAGAGUUUCCGAGAAGUGGCCGAGGAGCUGGUGGAAGGGGAGGCGGCGGCGGUGGUGGAGGGGGUGGCAGCGGCGGUGGAGCUCCUCGUGGAAGAUAUGGGCCUCCAUCCAGGCGUUCAGAAUACAGAGUAGUAGUAUCGGGACUUCCUCCAAGUGGAAGCUGGCAGGAUCUGAAGGAUCACAUGCGUGAAGCAGGUGAUGUAUGUUACGCUGAUGUUUAUCGAGAUGGUACUGGUGUCGUGGAGUUUGUUCGAAAAGAAGAUAUGACCUAUGCUGUGCGGAAACUGGAUAACACUAAGUUUAGGUCACAUGAGGGAGAAACUGCCUACAUUCGUGUUAAAGUUGAUGGCCCGAGAAGCCCAAGCUAUGGAAGAUCGCGCUCUCGCAGUCGUAGUCGUAGCAGAAGCCGUAGUAGAAGCAACAGUCGCAGCCGCAGCUACUCUCCAAGAAGAAGCAGAGGAUCCCCUCGCUACUCUCCCCGUCACAGCAGAUCUCGAUCUCGUACAUAAAUAGAAAAGUGAUGCUUCUUUUGUAGCCCCUCAUGUUGUAUACAGUUUCUUUAUUCAAUACUUUUUUAAUUCAUUGUUUUAUUAAAGUUUUGAAGUCCUAAGCGUUCUGUGUAGAAUAGUAAGGCUAAUGCUGAAACCAGUAUCUUCCUUUUCCAUGUCUUCAUGCCCCAAAAAGUGUAUUUGGCAGCUGUAGGUGAAAUUCUACAAGUCAACCAGCCUCUCUUCAGAAACACCAGUGUUGGUGUGUUAUCCGCAAUGUGUGAUGGCGAUGGGGAUUUGGGGUGGUUGUGGUAUAAAUAUUAACAUAUUUUUUUUCUCCUUUUAUUUGUGGGGAAAUCUUGUUUUACCUUGCUUUUCAUGUGUCUUUCUGUAGACAUAUCUGAAGAGAUGGAUAAAUGGAUUAUGGAGGACAUUUCAAUCAUUUUAGGAUUGUCAGAUGGAUGCUUGAGGAGGAUCAGAUCAUAUAUGGAGGCCAUGGUAUGACUCCAAGUGCUAUUGUGAGACAAAAUUGGCAGUAUUGAAUUUAUGCUAUAAGUAUUUAAAGAGCAGUCCUUUUAAAUGCAAGGACUUUUAUAAGUAGUAAAGUGCUUGUAGGAUAGUCUGCCAUGAUGUGUAUUUUGUGGGCCUCUCAACUUGUGUAUAGUAUAAUAUCAAUACUGCUAACGCUGCAUGUCCUCUGUGACUGGUAAACAUUGCUAUUGUGCUUUUUUUUCUAUUUUUUAUUUGUCAGAAUUAAAUAGUUUUCCAAAUCAGAUGUUUGUAGACUAUUGUUCAAGGACAGUCUUUUAUUUUUUGUACUUGACCUACUCAUUACAGGCUUGUAGGUUGCAACGCUUCCUUUUCCACUCAUACCUUUUUUUUUUAAAAAAAUUUUG